UGUGACGCUGAAUGCUUGCCUAUCGGCUUGGGAGGCUUUACUGCUUAGCUAAAGAGACAACAGCUAAACCCCGGCGAGGGGAAAGAGAUGAAAUCUCGAAAAUACACAUAAAUAAAGAAGCAUGUUGUUGCGUGCGCAUUGACAGUUCGUGUUUACAGCCAGGCAGCUAAGCUAACGCGACCAAGCAAGCUGGAUUUUGGUUGUGAGGAUUAAGGAGUUGCCCAGUGGUCGAUGUUAUGGUUGAGAUCUGAAAACAAACGCAGCUUCUUUCAGAUCUCUGCGUGAUCCAGAACUCCGUUGCGACGUUCCCAAACACACCAGUAUCUACCUUCACCUUCCUCUGCCGAGACCCUGCAACAUGGAGAGUCCCGGCCGCAUCGCCAAAGACUGACCGGAAGGAAGCGAUGAGGGCCUUGAGGCAAAGCUGCCAAGCUGCAUAGUGGAUCCAGUAGCUGGGGAUUUUCAGUACUUGUGUACAAGUGCGUUUGUGUGCGAGUGGGCACAUGCUAGCACGACCUGCCCACUUCAGGCAGGGGCAUGCUUCUCUGAGGCUGGAGCUGAAGAAACAAAGACAAAAGGAACCCACAUCCGCAAACCAGGAACAAGACCAAGAGUUGUUCUUCCACUGGUUUGUUUCACCACUGUUUUACCCGCGCUGAAGCGUAAAAACGACGACACUGCUCUGCACGCCACCUCUCUUCUGUGCUGUGUCGCUCGACCCCCCCUCUCCUCCUAAAGUGUCCUGCUAGUUGUUUUGGAGCCUCUGUGGUUUGCAUGGCCGGGGAGUAAUCGUGGAGAGGCCAGGGUAUCACAAGCUUAUGGAUUUUGAUAAGAGAGGGGGCAAGGGAGAGACAGAGGAAGGGAAAAGGAUGUCCAAGGCAGCCGGCAGCAGGACUGGCGGCCGGAGUGGGGGGACCAACUCUGGGGUGCUCAUGGUUGGCCCAAACUUCCGUGUGGGCAAAAAGAUAGGAUGUGGCAACUUUGGAGAGCUACGACUGGGGAAGAACCUCUACACCAAUGAAUACGUGGCCAUCAAAUUGGAACCCAUUAAGUCCAGGGCUCCCCAGUUACACUUGGAGUAUAGAUUUUACAAACAGUUGGGAAAUUCAGAGGGAAUCCCCCAGGUGUACUACUUUGGGCCAUGUGGGAAGUACAACGCCAUGGUGCUGGAGCUGCUGGGGCCCAGCCUGGAGGACCUGUUUGACCUGUGCGACCGCACCUUCAGCCUCAAGACCGUCCUGAUGAUUGCCAUCCAGCUGAUCACCCGGAUGGAGUACGUCCACACCAAGAGCUUGAUCUACCGAGACGUCAAGCCGGAGAACUUCCUGGUGGGGCGUCCGGGCAGCAAGAGGCAACACACCAUCCACAUCAUCGACUUCGGCCUGGCCAAAGAGUACAUCGACCCGGAGACCAAGAAACACAUCCCGUACCGUGAGCACAAGAGUCUGACGGGCACGGCGCGCUACAUGAGCAUCAACACACACCUGGGCAAAGAGCAAAGCAGAAGGGACGACCUGGAGGCCCUGGGUCACAUGUUCAUGUACUUCCUGCGUGGCAGUCUCCCCUGGCAGGGCCUGAAGGCGGACACGCUGAAGGAACGCUACCAGAAGAUCGGAGACACCAAGCGGGCGACGCCCAUCGAAGUGCUCUGUGAAAGCUUCCCAGAAGAGAUGGCCACCUACCUGCGCUACGUGAGACGGCUGGACUUCUUUGAAAAACCUGAUUACGACUACUUGAGGAAACUCUUCACAGACCUGUUCGACAGGAACGGCUACGUGUUUGAUUACGAGUACGACUGGGUGGGCAAGCAACUGCCCACACCGAUUGGCCCGAUCGCAAGUGACACGCCCCUUCAGCCCAGCAGCAGAGACAAAGCACAACAGCAGACCAAAAACCAGGUGAUGAGCUCGACCAAUGGAGAGCUGAACACCGACGACCCGACCGCUGGACACUCCAACGCUCCCAUCACUGCUCCCACCGAGGUCGAGGUGGCCGACGAUACAAAGUGCUGUUGUUUCUUUAAACGAAGAAAGAGGAAAACCCUCCAGAGGCACAAGUAAACAGAACGACUUUGGAGAGAACUUGAAACAUUCUGGUCACUGUCAAGUUUUAAGUGGAAACAACUACACAGAUCCCCCCCCCCCAUCCCUAUCCCUCUUUUUCCCUCCCUCGCUCGGUCUGUCUCUCUCCUCUCCCCCGCUCUUUCUCCCCCUCUCUUUCUCCCUCCCCCCCCCCCUCCCCCCCACCGUUUCUCUGUCUCAGUACUCCCCUGCUACAGGCGAGUAAAGGAAAUGUGGUUGUCCUGCGAAGUUAAUCACUCCACAACAGACUCUGGUUCCUUUUAACAAAGAAAAAAAAGAAGAAAAAAAAAGAGAAAGGAACGUUUAAAUACUUGCAUAAUAACUGGGGGGUUUGAGGAAAAGUUAAAGCUGUAACAACGAAACACGAAUACCGUGACGUGAAUAUGAAAAAAAUUCUAUAUAUACUGUUUGAAACAGUUGUUGUAUUCUAGAUUCCAUACAGAACAAGUGUUGUUCAACAGCCAUUGAUAUGGGGCACUUGUCAGUGGGUCAAGUGAAAGGAAUCUGUUCCAUAGACAUAGGUCUUUAUUUGUGGGAUCAAGAUCAGGGGCAAGAAUGAACUAUACUAAUGAUAACUCUGGAAUCACUGAAAGCAACAGGAAGCAUUUCAUUUAAAGCAGAAUUGGAGGAUUUUUAUGUAUUUUUUUGUUUCUUUUUUUUUUGUAAUUUAAUCCUCAGUUUUCGAAGUUGACUCCCUGGAUUGAAAACAAACUUUUACUUUUAUGUUGUAGUGUUCUGGAAUUCUUCUAUUUUUUUUUUUUUCCUCUCUGGCUUUCUUAUUGUCUGUCAAUGUGGACUUUGUAGCACAGUCACUGUCCUCAGGUACUGUGGAAGAUUGAGAGAAACCGAUAUUAAGCUCUCUUAUUAUUAUUGCACUUUUGGAAGAAAAAUACAGUGGAAUUCUAGGUUUGAAAUUAACAAACAAGAAAACAACUUAAUAAAGACUGAUUUUAGGAAGAGUCCUACACAAGGCUCAUAUCUGAGUAAUGGCCGAAAUGUUGUCAAUUUACAUGAAACCGGAUAUGUCUUUCAAUUUUAUUUCUUACAUCAAAAUAAUUUACCAGGAAAUCAUAGUUUGUGCCUUUCCAAGUAAAAUGUUUAAAGAUCAA